AUUGCUGAAAUGCCCUGGGAGCGUGCCUUGCCACAGCCUCCAGUGCAGAGGCCGUAGGUGCUUCCCGCUCCCUAGCCCCGAGGAGCCUAAACAGGCACUACUGGCGUAUUUUGACUCAAAUCCCAUGACGAAGCGCUGGAUCUGGCAAACCGGAGCUGAGCGGUUGCUGAUGCCCUCAAUUAUAAAGGCUUCCUGACUUUUUGUUUAAUCCCUUGCUUAUUAAUGGUGCUCACAUAUUUGAUCAAAGACUUGUACUGAUUUCAAUUAGGGUUGAGCAAGAACCCAGUGACAGGAAAGGCUGUAUCAGGAGGAGCAGCUGCUGUGCCCUGAAGGGUUUCUUCACCCUCGUGACCAAAAUCUAUAGUCAUAGGUGAAGCAUAUUUAUUCCCAACCAAGCUGGAGAAAACUCAAGUAAUCCUUUGCUGGCAAAACAGCUCUGCUGAAAUAAAAGCAGGCGGCACUGACAGCCCGGGGAGCUCCUGUUCUUCCCAUCUCAAGCACUGGGGAGGGACUGGGCCCUUCCUACAAAAGGGCGAAGCCACAAGAAGAUAAGCCUUGGCUUCACUUUUGGACAACGCCAUCGAGUAGGAUAUUGCUGAGACCAUGUCCUCCUCCAUCAAAAUUGAAUCUGUUGUGAAGGAGAAGAACAGGAUGGGAGAGUGCCCAGUCUGGGAAGAAAGGGAGAGUGCACUUGUCUAUGUAGACAUUAACUCUCAGAAAGUUUGCCGCUGGAGCCCACUCACCAACAAGGUGCAGAGCGUGUCUGUAGGUGCCCGCGUUGGCUCAGUGGCAUUGCGGCAGUGUGGGGGCUACGUCAUUGCUCUGGGGACCAGGUUUGCCUUUCUGGACUGGGACACACAGGCAGUCACCACAAUCCUCGAGGUUGAGCAGGAUAAACCCAACAACAGGUUCAAUGAUGGGAAAGUGGAUCCAAAGGGGAGGUUUUUUGCUGGUACGAUGGCUGAAGAGAGAGCACCAGGGGUCCGAGCGAGAGGGCAAGGCGCUCUCUAUACCCUUUUCCCUGACCAUUCAGUAGUAAGACAGUUAGACCAAGUGGACAUCUCCAAUGGACUGGAUUGGUCCCUGGACCACAGGACCUUCUUUUACAUUGACAGUCUGGCGUACGCUGUGCAUGCCUUCAGCUAUGAUGCACACACUGGAAAGAUUGCGUGCCCCAGACUUUUAUACCAUCUAGAAAAGGAGGAGCAAAUGCCUGAUGGGAUGUGCAUUGAUGCAGAAGGGAAGCUUUGGGUGGCCUGUAUUGAUGGCGGGAGAGUCAUUCGUAUAGACCCAGAAACAGGAAAAAGAAUCCAAACUGUGAGGCUGCCUACUCCGAGGAUCACCUCUUGCUGCUUUGGUGGAAAAGACUACUCAGAAAUGUACGUCACUUCUGCAUAUGAUGGACUAGAUGAGAACACCUUAGCCAAGGAACCUCACGCAGGAGAGAUUUUCAAGAUCACAGGUCUGGGUGUGAAAGGCAUCCCACAGAAUUUCUAUGCUGCUUGAACAUUGACACUAAAUAACAAAGAAGAAAUGCUUGCAUCUUGUAGUAAUUCUGACAAAGAUAAGUCCAGUGAACUGCAGAAUUUAUCUGUGUGAGGAUUUCUAAAUCCACAUUUAAGAGCAUGCUAGUUUGGAAUUGAAGAUAUUCCUUGUUCUGCAUGAACGUGGCAUGAUGCAGUAGGUUAGAGAGGUAACGUUCAUCUGUGUUACACCUUGAUGGCUUUGGUGACUUUUCAUAAACCUCUUCAAGCUCAAGCUUAGCUUUGUUGAACUCUCUGAUGACCAGCUCUGGAUUUCCAAGCCUGUGGUUCUCAAAGCAGAAUCUGACUCCUGGUUUGUCUUUUCAUGUUACAGUGAUGUACCAGCAAUGACAUGGCAGAUUUUAAUAAACAUUUUAAGAGUGAUGACUUGAACUGGACUGCUCCUCUGCUGUGGGACUCCCCCCGAAGCGCUUUCUUGGUGAUCAGACUUACUUGUAGUGCCCAGACUCCUUGUUAGCCUGUUCCCAUUUUCUUCGUCAUGAAUUCAUCUGCCUUGUCUUUAGGACAUCAUUUAUGCCAUUGAAAAUAAACUA